AAAUCAUUUCCUAUAGAUGACCUAGGAAGCGAUUUGAAGGAACUAAAUCAUUGUGCAGACAUAUGCAACUUACCUGUACAACACAGUUUAGGAAUACAGUGGGACUUAAACUGUGAUAUGUUUGUGUUCAAAAUCUCUAAUGCUGAAAAACCUUACACCCGCAGAGGCCUUCUAUCGACAAUGAACAGUAUCUUUGAUCCAAUGGGAUUUAUUUCUCCAGUCACUAUCAGUGGAAAAAUUCUACACCGUGAACUUGUAUCUCCUGGAUGUCACUGGGAUGAACCACUUACGGAGGAACAUUUGAGAAGAUGGCGAAUCUGGAUUGAUUCAUUACAAUCUGUUAAUAACUUCAGAGUUCCCCGAAUGAUUGUAGCCACUUCCAUUUCUUUGGCUCAUCAAGUGGAUGUUCAUGUCUUUUCAGACGCGUCAGAACAUGCGAUAGCUGCGGUGGCAUAUCUUCAAGUGACAGAUGAAUUUGGAGAAACUUCUCUUGGAUUUCUAAUGGGAAAAGCUAAACUGGCACCUCUGAAAGGUCACACAAUACCGAGACUCGAACUGUGCGCAGCAGUUCUCGCCACAGAGUUAGGAGAAGCAGUUUGUGACUACUUGAAGAUUCCUCAAGAUCGAUUUCAUUACUAUACUGACAGUAGAAUCGUCUUGGGUUACAUUUGUAACAAAACCCGUAGAUUUUUUGUGUAUGUUACAAACCGUGUGGAAAAAAUUCACAAAGUCUCGACUCCGUCUCAGUGGUCUUACGUCUCAACUGACAAAAAUCCAGCUGAUGUUGCAACAAGAUAUUCACAUACAGCAAUUACCACAUCUAUACAGCGCUGGAUAACUGGACCUCAAUGGUUGAAAAAUUCUUCGGAUUUGAUCAAAACUGUCUAUCCUCUCAUCAAUCCUGAAACUGACACAGAAAUCCGCCAAGAUGUUAUUUCUAGCAAAACUCAAAUUACAACUGAGAUCGUCUUUGACUCCCGUCGUUUUGCUAAGUUCUCAACCUGGAAAAAUCUCGUUGUGGCCUUUAAGACUUUGAAACGUUUUGUCAGAGAUAAAUUUCAAGUGAGCAGUGAAAGUGAAGACGAACCAGAUAUCUACAGAGAAACCGAAAUGUUCAUCAUUAAACAAAUUCAACAGGAGUCGUACAGUAAGGAAAUAGAAAACCUGAAUAGUGGCCAACCAAUUCCCAGAAACAGCAAAGUGUCACGACUUGACCCAUUCCUUGAUUCAUUCGGAGUUCUGCGUGUUGGAGGGAGACUUAAACUAAGUCCUGAAUUAUCUCUGGGAGAGAAGAAUCCAAUCCUCAUUCCAAAUCAAAACUACAUAGCAAAACUUCUCGUACUCCACUUCCAUGAAGUUAUUCGUCAUCAAGGACGCCAUCUAACCGCAGGGGCCAUCAGAGCAGCAGGAUAUUGGAUAACGGGCUGUAAAAGACUUGUGUAUUCCAUUCUAUCCGAUUGUGUAAAGUGUCGUCGACUUCGUGGCAGCCUUGCUUCACAAAAGAUGGCAGACCUACCUGAGGAACGACUUACCCCUUGUCCUCCAUUUACCUACGUUGGUGUCGACUGUUUUGGACCUUGGGAUGUUGUCACGCGUCGAACACGUGGUGGUUCUGCGAACUCUAAACGAUGGGCCGUAUUGUUUGCGUGUUUAUCAUGCCGUGGUGUCCACAUAGAAGUAAUUGAGGAGAUGACUACUUCGUCAUUCAUCAACGCCUUACGUCGCUUUACAUCUAUUAGAGGAAAAGUGAAAGAGUUUUAUUCAGACAGAGGGACUAAUUUCAUUGGUGGAACUCGUGAACUUGGAAUAAAUGCUGUUUUUGUAGAAGACCCCUCGAUUAAAUCCUUCUUACAGUUGCAAGGAGCAGUUUGGAAAUUUAACACUUCGUUCUCUUCUCACAUGGGAGGCGCUUGGGAGCGCUUAAUUGGUGUAAUCAGACGAAUCAUUGAUUCAAUCUUACUGGAUUCUAAGCACACAAGAAUUACCCAUGAAGUCCUUAGCACGUUUAUGGCUGAAGCGACAGCGAUAGUCAACGCCCGUCCACUGGUACCUGUAUCCACCGACCCUGAAGCACCUUGCGUUUUGUCUCCAGCUGUUUUACUUACUCAAAAAACCGUUGAUUCAAACGAGGAUUUUAAAAAUCUCAGUGUCAGCGAAGUUUAUAACAUUCAGUGGAAAUUUGUUCAGUCUCUAGCGGAGAAAUUUUGGUGUCGUUGGAAAAAUGAAUACCUGCAGAGUCUACAAGUGCGACGAAAAUGGAAAGACACUCGAGAUAACAUCCAAGUUGGUGAUGUCGUUCUUUUGAAGGACAGUGAUGCACAUCGCAACCAUUGGCCGACAGGACUUGUUGAAAGAGUGUUUCCUAGCAAAGAUGGACUUGUGCGCAAACUUGAAGUUCGUGUUAUCAAAGAUGGACAGUCGAGUAUAUAUGUACGUCCAAUUUCUGAAAUUAUAUUUUUGUGCCAUUCCAUUUAAUGCUUAUUGUGUUGUGACAAUUUACAAAAAAGUUUCAUGAACAACUUUUUGUGAACAGAGUACGGUUUAUGCAUUUAAGUGAUAUUUUCAUAUCAGACGGGGAGUGUGCUGUCUAUAGUUUAAAAUUUAAAUUCUUCAGAAAUAUUUUUGUACAAGUUAACCACUCUGAGUUUAGUAUAUCCGGUAAUCCUUUUUGGUACAAGUUAACUACAACGUAUAUCUGGUCAAUCACUCACUUCCUGUCAGCCUUACUGACCAGUCCGGUCUCACUUUGUCUAUCGGCUUCAAUCUUGUUAGAUGCGUGCCUCGAGCCACUAAUUUUUUACCAAUAUUAUUCACGACGGCAACGUUUUCCACACAAAAUAAACUAUGAAACCCGUGUGACUUUUGUUUGCGUUGUGCGUUGUGCAAGGUUAGCUAUCUGCCUGCACCAGGCAGAAUA